AUGGUCGGCUCAUCCCUCCAUAUUAAAGGGCAAAGACAAUACAGGAGGAAAGCAGAAGAUGAGCCAGCAUGCUGAUAGACGUCCCCCGUUCGUCUCUAAUCUGCAUGCAGACAACUUCUUUGUGGAUAUUUGGAUUUCCUCACCAUAGCAACAGAGCUGCAAAACCGUGCCGUACGAUCUCUCAUCAGACACAGUCGUGCCCGGGGAUCGCACGGCAUAGAGGAAAAGGACUCCCGCGCCUAAACCUCUGAGGGAAUUUUCCUCUUUACGACCAUGACACCUCCCUUACAACAGCUCCGAAGUGCCAAGGGUCACGUUCACAGUCGCCGGUCGAGCGGUCGUUCCUGCCUUCAGCUGAGAGACAAAUGGAGGGAUGCAACAAUUUCAUUGUUUGCUCACCAGAACGGAGCCUCUGCAUGUUGAAUCCUUUCGUGUCAGACAGCCAAGCUUCUGUCAUCGCCUCACGACCGCGAGAGGAAGACUGGAAGCGUCCCCUCCUCCUCCUCCACGUUGCCUCUGAAUUUUUACUCAAUCUGCCUCUCUGGUUUCUGUUUACCUCCGUGUGCUGAUAUCUCCUCCCCUUUCUCUCACUCUCUCAUGCUUUCUCUCUCCCUCCCACAGCUUGCUAUUUCUCCUCCCCUCGUGCCUUCAAAACCAGCCAUCUGCUCGCCACUUUAAGGUUGCUUGCUAGAUGCUCUCCCGGAAAACAGCGUACGCUGCCCUCUCCAGCAUCUCCAUGUGGAAGCUACUUUAGAAUUUCUUACCCAAGACAGCAGAAUGCUCCUGUGCUGGCACUGAAUUCUCCACUCAUCUUCUCGCUUUCCCCUUCCCCUCCCCUUUCCUAAUCUCCUGCCCUCUGACCUUCAUCACCCCAUCAACUGUUCCUCUCCCUGUUCCCUCUCAUUUUUGUCCCUCUUUCUUGACCAUGUUGCCAUGUGUCUGCCGGUUCCAGCCUGUCCUUGCCUUGCUGUCCUUUACUUUGUUGACUCAAGGGGAAAACUGUCCAGCGACCUGCCUGUGUCCAGACCCUCACACUGUAGACUGUAGCAGACGAGGGCUUACCCGACUACCAGACGAGAUCCCGCUGGAUGUAAGGAGGCUAAUGCUGGCCGACAACUGGAUCCCACACAUUCCCUCGGACUUCCUAGUGCUCUACAGUGACCUGGUCUAUCUGGACCUCCGCAACAACUCGCUCUCGCACAUCGAGCCGGGCACCCUUAGCACAUCCUCCAGGUUGGUUUUCUUGGACCUCGGCUGCAACAACCUGACGGAGAUCCCCAAAGGGACUUUUGGAGAGUCGAGGAGCUUAAUAAAGUUGCGUCUGGGCAAUAACCCUUACCUAAGCAUGGUCAACGAAGAUGCCUUCACGGGUCUUACAUCCUUGCGCGAACUCGAACUUGAACGCAAUGCACUUUCUGGGCUACAGGUGCAAGCGCUGAACCAGCUGCCCUCCCUCCGGAUGGUCAGGUUGGAGGGCAACCCCUGGGUGUGUAACUGCAACUUUUCCAACCUGUUUACUUGGCUGGUGGAGAACAGUCACAAGCUUCCCAACGGUAUAGAGGGAAUGGAAUGCUCCUUGCCCAACAAUGGCCGCCGAGUGCCUCUCAGCCAUCUCUCCCAGGACAGUUUUCGGGAGUGUCAGAUCACCCUGACUCUCACCGAUUUCCUCAUCAUCAUCUUCUCGGGCAUCUCCGUCUCGGUGGCCGCCAUUAUGGCUAGCUUCUUCCUGGCUUCCACCGUACACUGUUUCCAGCGCUGGAGCAAAGGAAGCAAAGGGGACGAGGAGGAGAAUGAAGAGUGAGAUGGAGAUGGGUUUCCCUUAAUCUGAUUCAGAGCUGCAGACUUGGACAUGAAGUAGCUUAAACUUCAUGACUGAACAGAUACCUGCUAAAACGUCACCUGAGAUGGCACGGAUGGGGGAAAUGGGCACAAACCAAGAUUUAAAGUUGGACAAACAUGACUAGUAUGGACAUAGCACCCUCAGAAUUGAUGGAUUUUUGGUAUAACGGUAAGCCUUAGUAUGCAAACUUCCAGGGAUAUCUGUGUUAAAGGAAAUUCUUGAAUAUCUUGUCCUCCAGCUAAGUUCUCCGUGUUGAAUACUGUCGUCUGUAAAGUUUCUCUUAUUGUAGUCAAUAUACAGUAUAGCUAGCAAAAAUCAAACUGUACUACUUGUUAAUUGUGCCAGAUUAGCACAGAUAGACAGCAAUGGUUGAGCAAAGUAUUUAUCUUUUGACAGAAAGUUAAAAAGGGCAGGUUAGAAGUCAAAUGUUGCCGUCAUAGCUUUAUGCAGCCAAAAUAUGCGAUGGAAGCCAUUUUACUUGGAUUUUACAUGGAUUUCAAAUGGCAUUAUCGGAAAGACAAGAUAUUUAAAGUAGAGCUUAAUGUGACUAGCCGUGUCAAACACUGCACUUUAAAACGGUUCAAGAUGUGCUGGCCCUCAAAGCACCAAGUAGACUGGUUUCACCCAGAUCUGCCAAAGAAUGCUGAGACUGAGGCACGAUGUUAAUGUGAAUAUAGAUUUAUUUUUCUUUAAAAAAGUCUGUGAUCUUAGCAAGAUGACAUUUAUUCAGCAUAAAUAUGGUUCUCUCAUAUUUACCCUUAAAGUGACUUCUAAACACAAUAUACAGUAUAUGAGAUUAUAUGAGAUUAUGAGAGUAUAUACUACUGGUCUACAAAUGUCUUUGUGUCGUUUAUGUCUUAAAGGUAUAUUGGCAAAAGGAAUACAGUGGCCCUGCUUAUUUGGACUUGAAGUUAUGCAAAGGGAGCAAUCACACUCAGAUAUUACACAAGAAUGUUAGUUGUGCGUUUAAUAUAAAACAAUAGAUUUACUAUUCUAAAUUAAGACUAAACUUGUGUGAUUGACAAAUUUAGAAUAUUUCCAUAGUUAAUUUAGACCUGUGGUUAUUUUGCUAUGACAUCUGUGUAAAUCUGACUACAUCCAGUGCAAAUAACCUUUGGUCCAUUUGGUUAAAGGUAAUUACCAACAUGUUCAAGAACUCAAUUCUGUCAAAAGGUUUGGCAUCAUUUCUUUGGACAUCUUUUAUCAACAGUAUGUAUGGCUUACGUGUCCAAAUAAUUUUUGGGGCCACUGUACAUUUCUGUGUUUUCUGAUUGCUGUCUAGUGUCAAUAAUAAUAUACUGUCGUAACUAAAUGGCAUACGUUUCAUACUGUCAGUAUCAUCAAGAAACUUUGUCAGUAGGUCUUAUUUGAAUGAUCUUUUACCAUUGGAAAUGGUUUGAAUGGUUUUGAAUCUCAGAUAAAGACCUUUGAUUGUUUGCUUUUGUUUUUCCUUACACUAUAUGACCAGAAUUAUGUGGACGCUCUAAAACCACAUCCUUAUGUCUAUGGUGAGCUUUCAUUUCAAGUUGGACCCGCCUAACAGCCUCAAUGUUCUCCCAUUGAAACACAGAGAGCAUCCGCGAGGUCAGGGAUGGAUGUUGAGUGAUGCGGGUCUGGCUCGAAGCCACCAUUCCAAUUCAUCCUGAAGAUGUACGCUUGGGUUCAUUUCUGGGCUUUAUGUAAGCCAGUCAAGUUCUUCCACACCAGACUCUUUAAAUCAUUUCUUAAUGGAUCCUACAUUGUACACCGGGGCAUUGUUAUGCUGGAACAGAAACUGUUUCCAAAAUGGUGGACGCACACAGUUCUCUAGGUUGUCCCUGAAUGCUGUAGCAUUAAGAUUUAAGGGCCUAUUCAUUAUAAUGGCUUCCACAUGCUUAAGGUCAUGUAGCGCAUUUUGUAUCGAUCAUAUUUGUUUCAUAUCCUUAUUUUAAAGGGCUUCAUGUGUCUUUAACAUGUCAGAUGGGGAAUUUCUAAGAGUUGGUUUAUUAAAAGGUCUUUUGCACAAUGUUAAUACAUUCAUUAAUUCAUUUCAUGUGUUGACAUAUAGCGUUCCCUUUCUGUCGGUCUCUCGACGUUGUGUCGAGCCGACAGAUGGGGUUCGUCCCUCAGAACCAAUUGCUUCCGACUUCAUAGA